AUGCUAUCCACAAUCGCUGCGAUUUCAAAAACACGAGUAUGGGACACCUCGCCACCCCCUCUGAGUGCGCUUGCACAUUGGAUAGUGAUUCACACCAUUCUACGUCGCAUGUUCAUCAUAUUCACCGAGCAUCCUGCCACAAGCGACGGUCAAUCUGGUCCCGGUUCAAGAAACGCCACCGUACACCACGAAAUUUCUGUGGCUCAGUAUUCCCUGCAUAAUUGGCUGAAGAGCUGGAUGAACAGUCCCGAAACGCCGAAGGUAGUCGGGGAAGAUGAGGAGCCCCCGUUUAUGCAACAUGCUCUCCCAUUCUACUGGUUGGGUCAAGUUGCGCUAAUGGCAUAUCGAGAGGGACUUGCACCGUUUCAACCACAAACCACGCAGACCUUGGAACUGAGGUUUCUUCUGGUCAAGCAGUGGUUAUUCCACAUACGAAGGUUCCUCAAACAGAGCGGCAAUGCGCCGACGUUGGCAUGGGACGAGUUGAUGAGAAUCCGACUGCAAUCCUGGCAGGCGGAUACGACGGAUGAGCGGGAGGGAUUGUUGGGUUUCUUCGAGCCGACGUGA